GGGACAGGUCGGCUUCCGGGAUGUGGUCGGUCCUUUGUCUCUCGCUGCAGCCGGAGGUCAAGGUCUCGUCCUUACUGCUCUGUGUCCUCUGCUCCUAGAGUCCCAGCCUCUGUGGCCCUAUGACCUGCAGGUAUUGGGAGAUCCACAACUAAGUCGCCAGGACCCCCUGGAAGCCUAGAAAUGACCUGAAACUGAUUCAGUGACCAUGGGGCACAGAAACCCAAUCAGAGUAAAAUAUGUGCACUGAGUAGACCUGUAGACGUGAGAAUCCACUUCUCCCUCCCUCCUCAUGCGAAAAUGCCCACAAAUGUUCAGGGAUCAUUGACAUUUAGGGAUGUGGCCAUAGAAUUCUCUCUGGAGGAGUGGCAGUGCCUGGACUCUACACAGCAGAAUUUAUAUAGAAAUGUGAUGUUAGAGAACUACAGAAACCUGGUCUUCCUGGGUAUUGCUGCCUUUAAGCCAGACCUGAUCAUUUUUCUGGAGGAAGGAAAAGAGCCCUGGAAUAUGAAGAGACAUGAGAGGGUGGAAGAAUCCCCAGUUAUAUGUUCUCAUUUUGCUCAAGAUCUUUGGCCAGAGCAGGGCAUAGAAGAUUCUUUCCAAAAAGUGAUAUUGAGAAGGUAUGAAAAAUGUGGACAUGAGAAUUUACACUUAAAAAUUGGUUAUACCAAUGUGGAUGAGUGUAAGGUGCACAAAGAAGGUUAUAAUAAACUUAACCAGAGUUUGACAACUACACGGAGAAAAGUAUUUCAACGUGGCAAAUAUGCAAAUGUCUUUCAUAAAUGUUCAAAUUCAAACAGACAUAAGAUAAGGCAUACUGGAAAGAAACGUUUGAAAUGUAAAGAAUAUGUCAGAUCAUUUUGCAUGCUUUCGCACCUAUCUCAACAUAAAAGAAUUUAUACUAGAGAGAAUUCCUACAAAUGUGAAGAAGGUGGCAAAGCUUUUAACUGGUCCUCAACCCUUACUCAUUAUAAGAGUGCUCAUACUGGAGAGAAACCCUACAGAUGUAAAGAAUGUGGCAAAGCCUUUAGUAAGUUCUCAAUACUUACUAAACAUAAGGUAAUUCAUACUGGAGAGAAAUCCUACAAAUGUGAAGAAUGUGGCAAAGCUUUUAACCAAUCUGCAAUCCUUACUAAACAUAAGAUAAUUCAUACUGGAGAGAAACCCAACAAAUGUGAAGAAUGUGGCAAAGCCUUUAGUAAGGUCUCGACUCUUACUACACAUAAGGCAAUUCAUGCUGGAGAGAAGCCCUACAAAUGUAAAGAAUGUGGCAAAGCCUUUAGUAAGGUCUCAACCCUUAUUACACAUAAGGCAAUUCAUGCUGGAGAGAAGCCCUACAAAUGUAAAGAAUGUGGCAAAGCUUUUAGUAAGUUCUCAAUCCUUACUAAACAUAAGGUAAUUCAUACUGGAGAGAAACCCUACAAAUGUGAAGAAUGCGGCAAAGCCUAUAAGUGGCCCUCAACCCUUAGUUAUCAUAAGAAAAUUCAUACUGGAGAGAAACCCUACAAAUGUGAAGAAUGUGGCAAAGGUUUUAGUAUGUUCUCAAUCCUUACUAAACAUGAGGUAAUUCAUACUGGAAAGAAACCCUACAAAUGUGAAGAAUGUGGCAAAGCUUUCAACUGGUCCUCAAACCUUAUGGAACAUAAGAAAAUUCACACUGGAGACACACACUACAAAUGUGAAGAAUGUGGCAAAGGCUUUAGUAUGUUCUCAAUCCUUACUAAACAUAAGGUAAUUCAUAAUGGAGAGAAACCCUACAAAUGUGAAGAAUGUGACAAAGCCUUCAGCUGGCCCUCAAGCCUUACUGAACAUAAGGCAACUCAUGCUGGAGAGAAACCCUACAAAUGUGAAGAAUGUGGCAAAGCUUUCAACUGGUCCUCAAACCUUAUGGAACAUAAGAGAAUUCAUACUGGAGAGAAACCCUACAAAUGUGAAGAAUGUGGCAAAAGCUUCAGUACAUUCUCAAUCCUUACUAAACAUAAGGUAAUUCAUACUGGAGAGAAACCCUACAAAUGUGAAGAAUGUGGCAAAGCCUAUAAGUGGUCCUCAACCCUUAGUUAUCAUAAGAAAAUUCAUACUGUAGAGAAACCCUACAAAUGUGAAGAAUGUGGCAAAGCUUUUAACCAAUCUGCAAUUCUUAUUAAACAUAAGAGAAUUCAUACUGGUGAGAAACCCUACAAAUGUGAAGAAUGUGGCAAAACCUUUAGUAAGGUCUCAACCCUUACUACACAUAAGGCAAUUCAUGCUGGAGAGAAGCCAUACAAAUGUAAAGAAUGUGGCAAAGCCUUUAGUAAGUUCUCAAUCCUUACUAAACAUAAGGUAAUUCAUACUGGAGAGAAACCCUACAAAUGUGAAGAAUGUGGCAAAGCUUUCAACUGGUCCUCAAACCUUAUGGAACAUAAGAGAAUUCAUACUGGAGAGAAACCCUACAAAUGUGAAGAAUGUGGCAAAAGCUUUAGUACAUUCUCAGUCCUUACUAAACACAAGGUAAUUCAUACUGGAGAGAAACCCUACAAAUGUGAAGAAUGUGGCAAAGCCUAUAAGUGGUCCUCAACCCUUAGUUAUCAUAAGAAAAUUCAUACUGUAGAGAAACCCUACAAAUGUGAAGAAUGUGGCAAAGCUUUUAACCGAUCUGCAAUCCUUAUUAAACAUAAGAGAAUUCAUACUGGUGAGAAACCCUACAAAUGUGAAGAAUGUGGCAAAACCUUUAGUAAGGUCUCAACCCUUACUACACAUAAGGCAAUUCAUGCUGGAGAAAAGCCCUACAAAUGUAAAGAAUGUGGCAAAGCCUUUAGUAAGUUCUCAAUCCUUACUAAACAUAAGGUAAUUCAUACUGGAGAGAAACCCUACAAAUGUGAAGAAUGUGGCAAAGCCUAUAAAUGGCCCUCAACCCUUAGUUAUCAUAAGAAAAUUCAUACUGGAGAGAAACCCUACAAAUGUGAAGAAUGUGGCAAAGGUUUUAGUAUGUUCUCAAUCCUUACUAAACAUGAGGUAAUUCAUACUGGAGAGAAACCCUACAAAUGUGAAGAAUGUGGCAAAGCCUUCAGCUGGUUGUCAGUCUUUAGUAAACAUAAGAAAACUCAUGCUGGAGAGAAAUUCUACAAAUGUGAAGCAUGUGGCAAAGCCUAUAAGUCAUCCUCAACCCUUAGUUAUCAUAAGAAAAUUCAUACUGAAGAGAAACCUUACAAAUGUGAAGAAUGUGGCAAAGGCUUUAGUACAUUCUCAAUCCUUACUAAACAUAAGGUAAUUCAUACUGGAGAGAAACCCUACAAAUGUGAAGAAUGUGGCAAAGCCUUCAGCUGGCCCUCAAGACUUACUGAACAUAAGGCAACUCAUGCUGGAGAGGAACCCUACAAAUGUGAAGAAUGUGGCAAAGCUUUCAACUGGUCCUCAAACCUUAUGGAACAUAAGAUAAUUCAUACUGGAGAGAAACCCUACAAAUGUGAAGAAUGUGGCAAAAGCUUUAGUACAUUCUCAAUCCUUACUAAACAUAAGGUAAUUCAUACUGGAGAGAAACCCUACAAAUGUGAAGAAUGUGGCAAAGCCUAUAAGUGGUCCUCAACCCUUAGUUAUCAUAAGAAAAUUCAUACUGCAGAGAAACCCUACAAAUGUGAAGAAUGUGGCAAAGGCUUUGUUAUGUUCUCAAUCCUUGCAAAACAUAAGGUAAUUCAUACUGGAGAGAAACUCUACAAAUGUGAAGAAUGUAGCAAAGCCUAUAAGUGGCCCUCAACCCUUAGAUAUCACAAGAGAAUUCAUACUGGAGAGAAACCCUACAAAUGUGAAGAAUGUGGCAAAGCCUUUAGUACGUUCUCAAUCCUCACUAAACAUAAGGUAAUUCAUACUGGAGAGAAACCCUACAAAUGUGAAGAAUGUGGCAAAGCCUUCAGCUGGUUAUCAGUCUUCAGUAAGCAUAAGAAAAUUCAUACUGGAGAGAAACUCUAGAAAUGUGAAGAAUGUGGCAAAGCCUGUAAGUGGCCCUCAACCCUUAGUUAUCAUAAGAAAAUUCAUACUGGAGAGAAACCCUACAAAUGUGAAGAAUGUGGCAAAGCUUUCAACUGGUCCUCAAACCUUAUGGAACAUAAGAGAAUUCAUACUAGAGAGACACCCUACAAAUGUGAAGAAUGUGGCAAAGGCUUUAGUAUGUUCUCAAUCCUUACUAAACAUAGGGUAAUUCAUACUGGAGAGAAACCCUACAAAUGCAAAGAAUGUGGCAAAGCCUGUAAGUGGUCCUCAACCCUUAGUUAUCAUAAGAAAACUCAUACUGGAGAGAAACCCUACAAAUGUGAAGAAUGUGGCAAAGGCUUUUGUACAUUCUCAAUCCUUGCUAAACAUAAGGUAAUUCAUACUGGAGAGAAACCCUACAAAUGUGAAGAAUGUGGCAAAGCCUUCAGCUGGUCCUCAGUCUUUAGUAAACAUAAGAAAAUUCAUGCUGGAGAGAAAUUCUAAAAAUGUGAAGAAUGUGGCAAAGCUUUUAAACAGUUCCCAACCCUCCUACACAUAAGAAAAUUAAUGCUGGAGAGAAACACUACAAAUGAGAAGAAUGUGGCAAAGGCUUCAACCAGUCCUCAAACCUUAUGGAACAUAAGAGAAUUCAUACUGGUGAGAAACCCUACAAAUGUGAAGAAUGUGAUAAAGACUUGAACUGGUCCUCACACCUUACUACUCAUAAAAGAAUUCAUACUGGAGGAAAAACCCUACAAAUAUGAAAAAUGUGGCAAAACUAUUAAUUAAUUCUCAACCCUUACUGAACAUAAGGGAAUUUGUACAGGAGGGAAACCCUACAAAUCUGAAGAAUGUGGCAAGCCUUUUAGCUAUUCCUCAAUCCUUACUAAACAUUCAUGUAAUUCAUACUGGAGGGAAUUCCUACAAUUGUGUGGAAUGUGGCAAAGCCCUUAACCAGUCCUUAAGGCUUACUACAUAUAAGACAACUCAUACUGGAGAGAAACCAUGCAUGUGUGAAGAAUGUGGGAAAGCCUCUAAUAGAUCCUCAAUUCUUAAGAGACAUAAGCUAAUUCAUACACAAGAGAGACUCUACAAACCUGAAAGGUGUGACAAUGCCUUUGGCAACACCUCAGACUUUUCUGAAUAUAAAAGAAAUCGUACAGAUGAGAAAUCCUAGAAAAGUGAAGAAUAUGACAAAGCCUUUAAGUGGCUGUCACACUUGAUUGUAGGUAAGAUAACUCAUACUGGAGAAAACUACUGUAAUAAACAAUGUGACAAACAUUUAACCAGUGCUCAUGCCUUAUUGCAAAGGAAAGCAUUUACACUAGCCUGGGCAACAGAGAGAGACUGUCUGGAAAAAAAAUUUUGUUAAUGCCAGUAAUAUCUUCUCACAGCUUAUUAAACAUCAGAGAGUUCAUACUAAAUAAAAGUAUUAAAAGUGCAAUCACUGUCACUAGAUCUUUCAGAAAAUAAAAGCUGUUAAAGUACAGAAGAAUAUUUAUUUUGAGGAAACACAUUAUAAAUAUUAAGAGGGUUGUAGUACAUGUACAUGUAUCACAGAUUUCAUUGUACACAUUUUGUACUACAGGAAAACCUGAGGUAGUUGUUCCAACUUUGCUCAACAUCAGGGAAUUUAUAUUGAAGAAUAACCGUGCAAAUUUAAUAAAUUUGGAAAAACAUUUUUUCAAAAACUACAGAUUGUAAAACACAAACGCGUUUAUACUAAAAUAUGUUUUUGCAGAUACAGUAAAUAUAAAAAAUAUUUAAUCCAAAAUUAAGUUUAUGUAAAUAUCAGCUAAUUCACAGUAGAAAUACCUGUCGCUCAAACUUCAGAUAUUACACUAAAUCAGACUGCUGAGUAUAGGAAAAAAUCCAAAACUAAAGUUGGCAAAAAGAAGAAUUAUUUGUAUAUAACUUUAAAAGAAGUAGAUCUUUGAAGAGUUAUAAUUAAAUUUAAAGUAUACUUUUUUCUUCAAAACACAGAUUUUUUUUUUUUCCAGACACAUUGGCUUACUGUGGCCAAUACUUUGUGAUGCCAAGGUGGGCAGAUCACCUGAGGUCAGGAGUUCAAGACCAGCCUUGCCAACAUAGUGGAACUAAAAAGAAAUGUUUACUAAACAUGUUUACUAAAAAGAAAUACAGAAAUUAGCCAACGUCUACCUUCCAGGUUCAUGCCAUUCUCCCACCUCAGCCUCCCAAUUAGCUGGGACUACAGGCACCCGCCACCACUCCCAGCUAAUUUUUUGUAUUUUUAGUACAGACGGGGUUUCACCAUAUUAGCCAGGAUGGUCUCGAUCUCCUGACCUCAUGAUACGCCCACCUUGGCCACCCAAAGUCCUGGGAUUACAGGCAUGAGCCACAGUGCCUGGCCUAAUAACAGAAGUCUUUAGCAGAGCAAAAAUGUAUAAAAUGUAUAAUGACAUUGUAUAAGUAAUAAUAAACCUACUAACCAUAAAAAGCCCUGGAUCAUAUGAAAUCACAGCCAAGUUUUACCACAUAUACAAAGAGUUUUACCUAAGCCUACUGAAUGCAUUCGAAAAAAUCAAGGUGGGAUUUCACCCUAACUUGUUAUAUUAAAUCAGUGAAAUAUAUGAAACUAAAAUCUAGUGAAGGCACCACAAAAAAAGGAAAGUACAGGUCAAUAUUCUGGGUGAAUAUUGGAAUAAUAAUCCUCCAUGAAAUACUAGCAAACUGAAUUCAAAAGCAAAUCAGAAAGUUAUUUUGCUACAUUCAUGUGAGCUUUUCCAUAUAUACGAAGGUGUUUCAUGAUAUGGAAGUCAAUAAGUGUGAUUCACCAUGUAAAGAUAAUUAAAAGAAAAAAAAUUAACAGUAGGGGCAGAAAAAGCAUUCAAGAAAACCCAAUAUUGACUCAAAAAUGUUGUCAACACACUGGACAUUGAUGAAAAUAUCUUAAUAAGAGUCAUCUAUGACAAAUCCUUAGCCAACAUCAUACUAAAAGAGCAAAAACUGGAAGCAUUCUCCAUGAGAAUAAAAAUAAGAAUAUCCAUUCUAAACAGUCCUAUUGAAGUUAUGAAAUCCUAGCCAGAGAAUAAAAGGAAUCCAAACAGAAAACAAAGAAAGUCAAAUUAUCUUUACUGAUGAAAGAAUUGUCCACCUAGAAUACUUUAAAGGUUUCACCAAAAGAGUUCUAAGCCUGGAAAAAGACUUCAAAAAAAAUCUUAGAGUACAAAAUCAGCACAAAUGCAUAGCAUUUCUGUACACCAAUAAUAUUCAAACUGAGAACAAAAUAAAAAACACAGCUCUAUUUACAAUAGCAACAAACACAAAAAAAUACCUAGAAAUACAUUAAAUCAAGGGGGUAAAAUAUCUCUACAAAGAACAAUAAAACAUUGCUGAAAGAAACGAGAGACAAUGCAAAUAAAUGGAAAAAUAUUGCUCAUGGAUUCAAAUAAUAUAAUUAAAAUGGUCAUUCUGCCUAAAGCAACCUACAGAUUAAGUGCUAUUUUUAUCAGACUAUCCAUGACGAUUUUUAUUGAAUUAGAAAAAGAAAGCUAUUCUAAAAUACAUUCAAAAGAAUUAAAGAGCUCAAAUAGCCAAGAAAACUUCAGACUAAAAGAAUAAAUUUGGGAGGCUGAGAUGGAUGGAUCACCUGAGGUCAGAAGUUUGAGACCAGCCUGGCCAACAUGGUGAAACCUGCAUCUCUACUAAGUACAAAAAAUUAGCCAGGUGUGGUGGUGCAUGCCUGUAAUCCCAGCUACUUGGGAGGCUGAGGAAAGAGAACCAUUUGACCCUGGGAGGUGGAGGUUGCAGUGAGCCAAGAUUGCAUCAGAAUAACCAGUAUAACAUGGUUCUGGUACAAAAAUAAACAUCUAGACCAAUGAAAUGGAAGAGAGAGUACUGAAUUAAGCUAUACUUUGCAAUCAGGUUAUUUUUACAAAGCCAACAGAAAUAAACAAAUGGGGAAUUAACUCCCUAUUUAGUAAGUAAUACUGGGAAAACUGGUUAGUCAUAUGUGGAAGAAAACUGUACUACCUUUUUCUAUAAAAAAAAAAAAAACUCAAUAUAGAUUAAAGACUUGAUCUGUGAGUCUCCAAGCUACAAAAAUCUUAGAAGAACACUUAGAUAAUACUGGCCUCUGUAAAGAAUUUAUGACUAACGUCUAACAUGAGUGCAACAAAAAUAAAAAUAAAAAAUGGCAUCUAAGCCAAAGAGCUUCUGCACAGUAAAAGAAACUAUCAGCAAAGUAAACAGAUGACCUACAGUAUGAAAUAAAAUAUUUGCAAACUGCAGACAAUGAAGGAUUAAUGUACAGAAUCUAUAAUACAUUUAAUAAAAAAGCAAACAUGAUAUGAAUAGCCAGCUUCUUCUCAAAGGAAGACAUAAGAGCUGCCAAUAAACAUGUAAAAAUUGCUCAACGUUCCUAAUUAUCAGAAAGAAGUAAAUCAAAGUGACAGUGUGAUACUAUUUCAUACCAGUAAGAAUGACUUAUUAAAAGUAAGAUAAAUAAGAUGUUGAAGUUGUAGAGAUAAGGAAAUCUUUCUACACUGUUGGUGGGAAUGCAAAUUAAUUCAGAAUCUGUGCAAAGCAGUUUGGAGACUUCUCAAAGAACUAGAAAUAGAAUUGCCAUUUGACCAAUCAAGCCGAUUACUGGAUAUCUGCCCCCAAAAAGAAUAAAUAAUUUUGCCAAAGAGACACCAGCACUCACAUGUUCAUUGCAACACUAUUCACAAUAGCAAAAACAGAAUUUAACGAGUUACCCAUGAAUCUUUUAUUGGAUAAGAAAAAUGAUGUACUUAUACAACCUCCAAUACUAUGCAGCAACAGAAGAGAAUGAAGUAACGUCUUUUGCAGCAACAUGAAUGCAGCUCUGCUUCAGGCCAUUCUAAGCAAAUUAUUGCAUCAGAAAAACAAAUGCCACAUGUUCUCACUCAUACAUGGAUGCUAAAAAUUGGGCGCACAUGGAAACAAAGAUGAAAACAAUAAACACUGAGAAUUCUAAAAAGAAGGAGGAAGGAUGGGAGACAAGCAUUAAAAAUCUGCUUAGGUAUGAUGUACACUACUUGGGCAAUGAAAUUAUUAAGUAUCCAAACCUCAACAUCAUGUAGUCUACCUGUUUUACAAAUCUGCACAUGUACCUUAAAUAUAAAAUAAAAAUAAUAAAAUGUUUUCUGGUAUAAUGACAUGUUCUAUUUUUCCAGUGCUGGGUUAAUAGUUGAAAUUAGGGGUGAAAGACAAAUUUUUCACCCCUUAAGGCAUGGUGGUGAAUGUUUCUAUACCAGGUCUCCUCACAUUUUAUAAGCUAACCUGAAAUUUCUUGGUCUAUAGCCCAAAAAGUGUUUUAUUUUCAAGUGUGCAAGUAAAACAAAUUACACCUUUAUUAUUUAUGUAUUAACUGUACACUAGACUAUAGACUUAAUUUGUUACUGUACUCUUUUGGGGGAAAAUGUAAUUGGAUUAAUCAUUUUUUUCAGAAUGAACUAUUUGUGAAAGGGUGAGACUAAAAAUUAUGCUAAAUUACUGAAUUAGAAAUAUAAAACAUUUUUUCUAAAAAAAAAAAAAAGCACAAAAGUCUUAUGGUUGUAUUCCAAAAAUAAUUCAACAGAAAGUGGUGGUUAUUUAAGACCACAGUGCUGCAAAUGCUCAUUCCAUCACAAUCAUUCUUGUGAAAAAUAGAAAUAAUGGGUCAGAAGGUAUUUUUAGAGUACUUUUCUUACACUAUUGCAGUGUGAAAUUCUUUUCUUUAUUAAUUUCCAUAUGAAAGUCUGUACUUGAACAAAAGAUGCCAUGAAUUUCAAGUGAAUAUGCUCAGACAUUUAUUCUCCCUAGAUGGGCACUGGCAUGUUUUCAAUCAAGGUGUAGCAUUUCUUGCCUUCCUUGUGCUGCUGUGUUUGUGUGAAAUGAAAAGGCAGCAAGUAAAGAAGAAUGAACCAUGACAUUUCUAAUUUCAACAGCCACAGCCUCUGUAAUUGUUAUAUCAUCUAGAAAUGACAGUAUUUCAAAACUGACAAAAAGAAAGUGAUACUUUAUUUUAGUGUAUUAUUUAUAGUUUCUAAAAAUUUAUAGUUUCUGAUUUAUUAUAUGCUAAAAAACCUGAACAUACAGACACCUGAAAUUUCUACCAGAUGAUAGUAUUAAUAUUUUAAUAGCUUAUAAUUGACAGUCAAAAUUGCCUCAUUUGAUUUACUGGAAAGCAGUUAUUUAUCUUCUAAGUGUAAAUAGAGUACCCAUAAUCUUAAACAUACAGAUCUUUUAAGAUUAGCAUUAUGUCUAGAUUUAAAUAAAAUUCAUAGGCUUGUAGUAACAUAAAUUUUCGUACUUAUUUUCUAACAAAAGUGAAAAAGCAAAAGAAAUAAGUUGUUAAAAUGAUUUUUAAAAGAAACUUUAUAUAUCUUCAUUAAAUAACAUUUAAAACCCCAUUGUAAGUGAGUGAUCAGUAAUUCCAAUCUUUUUUAGUCACUGAGAAAACUUAAAUUAUUCAAUUGGAAGAAGUAUUCUUAUAUUAGCAUUUCUGAAACUCAGAAACUAUAGACCACUCAAUGGAUGAUGAUGUACAUGCAGACCACAAAUUUUCUAUGUAAUAAUAAGCUAAUCCUAGAUUUUAAUAUAAAAAUUUAAUAUAAUUCUAAAUUAAAACUAGUGGCUGUUUUAAGUCAUGAGAGAUAUCAUUGUUAGAAUCCAUUUACCAAAGUAUUUGGUUAAAUGCAGAGUGUCUGUCAGUUUUUUCAUUAGAAGAAGGCAUAUUGUUUUUUGUUUACUUGUUUAAUACAUUUAUGUUAAUUUGAUAAAUUUCAGUAUAGUUUAAAAAUAUAUAUUAAAAUUUUUUUUCUAACAAGUGAAGGAAAUCAUUUAUUUAAAAAUUUAGAGAGAAUUUUCCUCUAAACAGUUGCUUUAGAGUCUGUCUUUCAAAGUAUUAUAUUAUUUUGAACAUUAAAAAUCAAGUCUAUUUCUGAGUGCUGGGUUCUGACUGUUCAUGAUAUUUAAAGUUUACUUACCUACAUCUAUAAAUGAGCAAGCCAUUUGAAAUAAAAUAUAUAUAUGUGUAUGUUUCCUAAAAUUUUAAGAUGAACAACCACAUUUUUCUCUGGUGCAAUAUCUUAAGUCUUACUUCACUCUCUCUUAUAAAAAAAGUAUUAGUAGUAUUUUUUACUGGUAAAUCACAGUUGCAUAUAUUUAUGGGAUACAGUGUGAUGUUUUAGUAUAUGUAUAAAAUAUGGAAUAAUUAAGUUUUGUUUAGUAACAUAUCUAUGAACUCACCUAUCAUUUUUGUGGUGGUACAUUUGAAAUUUACUCUUAGUUAUUUUGAAAUAUACAAUACUUUAUAGUUUACUAUAGUUACCCUGAUGUGCGAUAGGUCUCAAAACUUACUUAACCUAUUUGAAAUUUUUUACUUUUUGUCAACUCCCUAUCUUUUCAUUAAGUUUAUAUCCAUUCUGAAUGUGAAUAUAUGAACAUUUGCCAAUAAUACUAUUAAAAACAUUCAACUACUAUUAUAGCCCCAGACUGUAAAUCUAGUCUCUCAAUUUAGAGUAAAUUAAGAGAAGACUUAUUUUUUUCAGCCAAGCAAAUAAGUGUAUAAAACUAAAGGGUAACAAACAUAGCAUUAGUUGCCAAAAAAUAGUAUGACUAGAUUCAAUAAGUGUCUAGCUAUGCAAAUGACGGUUCAAUUAAAUUAAGACCCUAAUAGGUGCGUGUGAAAAGCAUUGAUGUGCAAUGUGUUGCACCUCCACUCAGCACCUUUUUUUGCCCAUUCGUAAAGAUAUCAAUUUCCCCUGUGUGAUUCAGAGUGAAUACUAAAAAUGGAAAAUUCUAUGUUCAGAGUAAUUACUGGGAACAUGGUUAAAACAUUUCUUCAAUGUUAUGAAAAGUUUUUAUAAGUAUCACUCCACUUCAAAAAGUCUUUUAGUAAAAGAUUGUUUAUUUAUAGUACUCAAUUUAGAUUCAUAAAAAUUUCAAUAUUCCAGGAAAGUCAGAGACACCUAAAUGUAAACAAAAUUCCAUAAAGCUUGAAUGAGAUAAAUUCCUCUUGGUUAAGAAUUUUAUUUUACUAAUAUAGAGAAAAAUAGAAAACCAGUACUUCAGGCAAAAUAACAGUUUUUGGCACAGGAGUAUCACCAAAACAAGUGCUCUUCAUCAUCAUUGUUAAAGUAAGAAGAGCAUUGCCUGCUUUCCUGGAAGCAGCUGGCCUGCUUUCCACUGAUAUAAAGUGGAGAAGGCAUUCAAAUAGUGAAAGAGGGUGAUAUAAAUAGAAUACUUAUGUGAAAUACAGUUUAUAAUAAAAAGUAGCAUUUGAUGUUUUAUAACCGUAGAUGAGACUAUUAGCAUGAGGUCAUAAUAUUAUUGUUUCUAUUGACAAAUUAACUUUAUUUACAAUAUCCUUAUUUCAGAUAAUAUUCCUUUUUCUGCUCUAUAUUUGCUAGAUUUUGGUCAAAUCUUAUCUGAACUCAAUUGAAAUCAACAAAUCGAUUCUACCACAAGCAUUUUAUUAUUGAUGCAUCUGCUUAUUUUGCUUAAAAUACAUUAGCUUUUGAAAAGAUUUAUAGUUUUGUUUCUGAGUGUUGUUUAUUUCUGAGAAGUUGCUGUCAUGCUAGAAAACUGCUUUUCUCAGCUCUACUCACAAUGACUAAUAGCAAGUGGAAGUGAUGUGUGGAUGAGAAGCAAAUGUGUCUUCUCUGCAUCUCUUUUUUAAUCAAUUGGCUGAAGAAAGAGAAUGCAGAUAGAAGGUGAAAGAAAAUAUAAUCCCUGAAAGAUCAUGAAAAAUUCCUUUUCAUCAGAAAAAAAAGGAAAUGGUGAUUUGAGCAGAAUAUAUAUUUAAAAAGACAAUUUUUUAAAAAUGUUCUUUUUUUGAAAUAUAAAAAAAGCUGACCAAAUAAAGUCUAAAUGAAUUAAGUAUAGCUCCUAGUAUAACUCACAGUUAAUAUAAGUUGACUAUCCUCUCUGUAGACAUUUUUCAUCAGCCCUUUUCACCAUACAGCUAGACCUCAGCUAACACUUAUUAUGUGUCACAAAAAUGAAUCACUUUAGAAGCCAUCUUAAUAAUGAGACAAUUUGUUGUGGGAAGUCAAGGACCCCAAAUGGAGGGACUGGCUGGAGCUGUGGCAGAGGAACAUAAAUUGUGAAGAUUUCAUUGUAAUGUGGACAUUUAUCACUUCCCUAAAAAUACUCUUAUAAUUUCUUAUACCUGUCUUUACUUCAGUCUCUGAACAUCAGUUGUGAAGAUUUCAUGGACAUUUAUCAGAUCCCAAAUAAUACUCAUAAUUUCUUUCACCUGUCUUACUUUAAUCUCUUAAUCCUGUUAUCUUCGUAAGCUAAGGAUGUAUGUCACCUCAGGACCAGUAUUGUACAAAUUGAUUGUAAAACGUGUGUUUGAACAAUAUGAAAUCAGUGCACCUUGAAAAACAACAGAAUAAUGGUGAUUUUAGGGAAUGAAUGAAGACAACCAUAAGGUCUGCCUGACUGUGGGGUAGGGCAGAAUAGAGCCAUAUUUUUCUUCUUGAGGAGAGCCUACAAACGGACAUGCAAGUAGGGAAGAUAUCACUGAAUUCUUUUCCUAGCAAGGAUUAUUAAUAAUUAAGACCCUGGGAAAGAAAUGCAUUCCUCAGGGGAGGUCUAUAAACAGCCGCUCUGGGAGUGUCUGUCUUAUGUGAUUGAGAUAAGGGCUGAAAUAUGCCCUGGUCUCCUGCAGUACCCUCAGGCUUAUUAGGGUGGGGAAAAAAACCCCACCCUGGUGAAUUUGUGGUCAGACUGGUUCUCUGCUCUCGAACCCAGUUUUCUGUUGUUUAAGAUGUUUAUCAAACCAAUACGUGCACAGCUGAACAUAGACCCUCAUCAGUAAUGCUAAUUUUGCCAUUUGCCUUGUGAUCUUUGCUUUUAGUCCUUGCCCUGUUUCCUCAGAAGCAUGUGAUCUUUGUUCUCUUUUUGCCCUUUGAAGCAUGUGAUCUUUGUGACGUACUCCCUGUUUGUACAGCCCCUCCCCUUUCGAAGUCCUUAAUAAAAACUUGCUGGAUUUGUGGCUCAGGUGGGCAUCACAGUCCUACUGAUAUGUGAUGUCACCCCUGGAGGCCCAGCUGCAAAAUUCC